AGACACCGUGAUAAUGGCUGGGAACAUAGACUGUGGCGAUUUUUUAGAAUUCCAGGAUAACUUGAAGAAAAUGAGACUUUUAGAUGACAAAAUAAUUUACACAUUGAACACCACGAUACCCACCGAUUCGUUCAAAGGUCAGGUGAAUGCGACGGCAACGUGCAAGGAUCUGUUUCAACAAAUUCAAACAGGUCACGCGCAGAGAGAAACUGCAAUUCAGACGUGCAUAAAUGCUGCUAAAGAACGUGUCAAAAGUCUAAAGGAACAGAGGGAUUCUGGAAAAAACGAACCUGAGCUGUUAAAAUCUCUAAGAAAGGAACAAAACAAGUUACGUUUACUCCAGACCGAGCUGAAUGUAGAGGACGUUGUUAGACAACAAACUACACGGGUUUAUAGUGAACGAUGCCGUUCGUUUUAUAAACCACCUAGUAGAGCAUGGUAAAAAAAAUUUUAUCUGGACAUUAUUUUUACGAUAAGUAGUUGUUUUAUACAAUGUCGUUACAAUGUCAGUCAUGUGUAUAAACUAGAAAAUUUCUCUGACCUCCGGUGUUUUAACAGAGGUCGUACAAUCAAUGUCGAUUUGACUAAAACUACACUACUGUCA